CGAGAGAUACUUUCAUCGGGGAGAAGCAAGAACAGGGGAAAGAGUGGAAAAUAAACAAAAAAAAUUACAAAUAAACAAGAGAGAUAAAGCUCAGAUCUCACUCUCCACAGUUAAACGCCCCAGCCUUCUCUCAAUCCAAUCCCCCUUGGUGCUCCCCGCCAAUUCUUCCCUGAGAUUCAUCUUUGUAUCCUCCAAUUUCUUCUCCUGUUCUCCAUAGAGAGGAAUAAUUUUGGCUUCCAAAUCUCGCCAAGGAAGGGGUAAAAGAAAAGCAAAGUGCUUUGCGCAGCAAGAAUCGCCAUUGCCCACCAUAUCUUGUGAGAUCUCAACUCAAACCCCCGGUCAAUAGAUAGGUACUCAGAUUUUUCCUCCCCCUUCUGCAGCAAUUUUGCUCUUGGAGCUGUAGAUUGGGUGCGUGUUUCCUUUCCGUUCGUGGUUGGAUUAGGCAUUGGGAUCUUGUCAAUCUCUCUAUUCUUGGCACAAUUUGUUCUUGUGUCCGGUCCUGCCAAGAAUUUUCCAUAUUGUUCGGGGCUUUCUGAUCCAUCUUUGAUGCGCCAAGAGGCGAGAUGAGCACGAAUUACUCGGCGCUCCCAUUGACCUCCCCUUCCAUCGAGCUCCAAUCCAACGGGGCUAAAUCGGGCGCCGCCGCCAAUGGCGCCGUCCUCAACGGCCACGCCAAGAUCUCCAAGCAAGAUUCAUUCUUGGGCGAGCUCGAGGACGGCGGCGGCGGCGGUGGCGGGGAGCAUGACGAGCUGCCGCUCAUUGGCGACGGCCCCGCCGGGCCGCCGGAGGGGUCUAGUGUGACCGCCGCGGUGUUCAACCUCGCGACCUCCAUCAUCGGGGCCGGCAUUAUGGCGCUCCCGGCCACCAUGAAGGUGCUCGGCGUCGCCGUCGGGCUCGUCUCGAUCCUGGUCAUGGGGGUCCUCUCCGAGAUCACCAUCGAGCUGCUCGUGAGGUUCUCGGCGUACUGCCGUGCACUGUCGUACGGCGAGGUCGUGCACAGGGCGCUAGGCCGGCCAGCAAGCAUCGUAGCGCAGAUGUGUGUCAUCAUCAACAACGCCGGAGUCCUAGUGGUGUACCUGAUCAUCAUUGGAGACGUGAUGUCCGGGUCGCUGAAGCACAUCGGCGUCAUGGAUCAGUUGAUUGGCCAUGGCGAGUGGGAUAACCGGAAGCUGCUGAUCUUGGUGGUUCUUGUGAUCUUCCUUGCGCCAUUGUGCGCACUUGAGAAGAUUGACUCGCUGAGUUUGUCAUCUGCCGCAUCAGUUGCCCUUGCUGUCGUGUUUGUGGUUGUGUCUUGCAUCAUUGCUUUGAUCAAGAUCGCCGAGGGCAAGAUCAGUAUGCCCAGGAUGGGGCCAGAUUUCAGCUCACGAGAGGCGAUGCUUGACUUGCUUGUCGUGAUACCCAUCAUGACGAAUGCCUACAUCUGCCAUUUCAAUGUCCAGCCAAUCUACAAUGAGCUCAAGGAGAAGACACCCCAGAACAUGUACAAGGUUGGGAGGAUCAGUACAGUGCUAUGUGUUGUGGUCUAUGCCCUGACUGCUCUCUCUGGCUACCUCUUGUUUGGCGACGAUACAGAGUCCGACGUUCUCACCAACUUUGACAAGGAUCUUGGGAUUCGAUUCAGCUCGGUCCUCAACUACAUUGUCAGGAUUGGUUAUGUCGUCCACCUUGUCCUUGUGUUCCCUGUUGUCCACUUCUCGCUAAGACAGACUGUGGACUCGCUGAUAUUUGGGGAGUUGGCAACCCCUAGCAGGAAGAAGACGCUCACAUUGACAGUGGUGCUACUGGCGCUCAUCUACCUUGGCUCAACGAUGAUACCCAACAUCUGGAUGGCCUUCAAGUUCACUGGUGCGACAACAGGGUUGGCAUUGGGGUUCAUGUUCCCAGCCCUGGUGGCAUUGAGGCUGGACAAGGAAGGGAGUCGCUUGGGGCAUGGAGAGAGGCUCCUGUCACUUGGGUUGCUGGGGCUGUCCAUAGUUGUCAGCGUCAUUGGAGUUGUCGGAAAUGUAUACACCCUGAAGAGUAAGUCUGAUUGAUCUCUCGAAGAUGAACAAGUUGGUAGCUAGGUUAGAGGAAGCUGUACACCAUGACAUGGUGUUUCACGGCAGACAGAGAUUGUGUAAGCAUGGUCGUUAUACAGCAGUCAGGAAUGAUACUGUUCGAGAGAACCACAGGAUCUCAGAUACAUUCUGUUUACCUUCUAAGGUGCAUCAUGUAACAGCUCUUGAGGCAAUUCUUUUUGUACUUUAUACCAGAUUUUUUGAUGUAACGAUUUUACGAGGUCCUGGAUUUAUUUUUUUGAUCAAGGCAACACAAGAAAGCCAGUUCUGUUGUAGCUUGAGCGUCUCUACAACAUGAAUGUUAGGACUGUUUCGAACAUACGAUUGCCAUAGAAUUUUCAUAUUGAAAACU